GCUGCAGGUUUGUGUCUUGUUGCUCUCAAAGAACAAAUUCAGAUUUAUUUCAGUCAGUUUUGUAAUUUCAAUUAGAUGCAUUUUAUUUUCUUCUUGCAGGAAAAGAAAAUGGGGAAAUUUUUACAGCCGAUAACCUGAAUCACUGCAAGCAAGGAUGUCUUGGCCGGCUCUGUACGCUCAGCUACUCGGCACCAACCGGCACUCCACCUCCCUGGGGAAAGUGUGGCUCUCUGUGUUGUUUAUUUUCAGAGUCAUGGUUCUGGUUGUGGCCGCUGAGAGCGUCUGGGGCGACGAGCAGUCCGAUUUCACCUGUAACACACUACAGCCUGGCUGUGAAAACGUCUGUUAUGAUCAGUUCUUCCCAGUGUCCCAUAUCCGCCUCUGGAGCCUCCAGCUGGUCUUUGUGUCCACACCAACCCUCUUGGUCUCCAUGUAUGUGUCCUACCGCAAUCACUGCGAUAAGAGACGAAUCCUUCAGAGUUCUGGACGGGCUAGCGUACUCAACAAUAAGGGGCAAGAAGAAGAGCUGGAGACUCUAAAAAAGAGGAGACUCCCAAUAGCUGGCGCCCUCUGGUGGACAUACCUCUGCAGCCUGGUGUUUAAAAUGAUGUUUGAAGGUGGAUUCAUGUACGCCCUGUACGUUGUGUACGACGGUUUCCAGAUGCCACGCCUGGUGCAGUGCGAUCAGUGGCCAUGCCCCAACCUGGUGGACUGCUUCGUCUCACGGCCCACGGAGAAAACCGUCUUCACCGUUUUCAUGGCUACUGCCUCUUCUAUCUGCAUGGUUCUUAAUUUGGCUGAACUUGCAUAUCUGGUUGCCAAGGCUCUCAACAGCUAACAACUGACAUCUUGCUUUCAAUGAAACUUUGAGGGCAGAGGGUGACGAAAUCAGCAAGGAGAACAGAUUUGUCAAGAGACAGAUUUGGGUUUGAACAAACCAUCUGCUCCAGAAUGAAGGUGCAUCACAUAGCAAAGACUUUUAAGAACAAUUUUAAAUGCAGAUAAAUACAUUUCUAUGACCCCAGAAAUGGUGACGGAUGUCAACAAUGAAUUUUUAUGCACACCUUGAUGCCAUUUGUUUUUAUACCAUUGUGGAAUUUUUGUGGCCCGGCUGAGAUAUCUGGGUUCCUGAUUGGUGGAUGGAAAAUAUUUCAAUAUGAAGUCAAUAAUUUAUUGAUCAGAGAGGAUUUCUCUGG